AUGAAGAAAGAAUGGGCAGAGCUCAUUUCAGACCCUAUUGCCUUUAAUGAAAAUACUCAAAGAGUCUUUGAACAUGAUAAAUUGCCUUUGGUGAAAGAUGAACUUUCUGUGACAUUAAGACUAAAACUUAAGAGUCAUACGUCUGAUUGGGCUACUAUUUGUCAUAAAGGAACAAAAUGGUAUUUCCGUACACCUGGGUUAUGGCUGACGGCGAACAAAUCCGCAUUACAUGCACGCUUCACAGGCAACUGGACUAAUAAUGCAGGAAUAGAUGAGCUUGGUGACGGACUUUUGUUAGACAAAUGGUAUCAUCUAACUUAUACUCUUUCUGACUCUGAAAAACGGUUAGAUAUUUACAUAGACAGUGAAUGGGUUGGAUUUUUUAGUAUGCAGAACGUUAAAACGCAAAGUGUAGCCUUUAAUAUUGGCCCAUUGUAUAUCGGAUGUGCUUUCGACAAAGGGUUUAAUGGUGUAAUUAGCAAUGUUCGCUAUUUCAACUGGCGUUUAUGUGCCCAAGAAGUGAAGGAAGAUUUCUUUAACAAAGUAAUUGUAUAUGGCUCGAAGGUUGCCCUUGUUCAUGUAUCUACUGAUAAAUAUUUGUCUACUAAUGGAGUUAAAUAUGACUUGGGUCCCGAAAAUAAGCAAUAUAUGGUUGUUGGUAAUAAACGGGAAUUAGAUUUGAAAAAUGAUAUUUGGACUGUUAUUGGACCCUAUGGUAAAA